UUUCAGAGAUUACAAUCUGCAAAGGUUAAAAAAGACAAACAGAGACUCCUCUAAUCACAUUUCUUUUCCACCCUUUUAGUGAAAUUUGCACCACAAAAACACCCACACACAUCUCUUUGGUCUCAUUCGAAUUCCCAUCUUCUAAUUCAUUUUUUUUUUCUGCUGUCACCGUUCAUUCAAUUGGUCCUCAAACACGUAUGCAUCAUCAGCAUUAAGCAGCCCCACAUCGCCGAGUCACUACUCAUUCCACAGCCAUGGAUGCAGCAUCAUCAUCAUCAAUGGCACUUCCACCAUUGAAACCCAACAUUGCCCGUUCAAAAGUUUCCAAUUUCCGACGUUUGACCACCCCAACAAACUUAAUUCGACCGUGGGUAUCUUCCCCCAAACCCAACACCCUCACUCUGGUGUCCACAAACUCUGCCCUCACCACAAAGUUCCCAUCUUUCUUGCGUUGCUCCACAAAACCAGACACCAGCGCCAACAGUGAGACACACAGCACGCCAAACGAUGAACCCGAUUCCGUUUCCAAGUGCCACAAGGCAUCGGAAUCAGAUGCGGCAUGUGAAGGAGCGUUUUCUUCUCCACCACCUUCACAGCCAUCUUCUUCUUCUUCUUCUUCUUUGAGAGGGUUGGUGUUUGAUUUGGGUCCUUCAAACUCGUGGGACAGUGCGGAUAUUGGAUCGCCAGUGGUGAAGAGGUUUCUCAGUGAUGAAGAAGAGAGAUGGUAUAUGUGGUAUCAUGGAAGGCCUAAUGGGAAACCAUCUUCUGAUUUGAUAGGGUUAGCUAUUUCGAGCAAUGGGGUUCAUUGGGAGCGUGGGGGAGGGCCUGCUGGGUCGAGUUCUGAUGUGGGUUUUGUGAUGAAUUGUGGUAAGGAUUGGUGGGCUUUUGAUACUGAUGGCAUUAGGCCUUCUGAGAUGGUAAUCAUGUCUAGUUAUAGGGUUAGAGCUUCCACUGCUGUUUACUGGCUUUACUACACUGGCUACAGCUCUGAGAAGGUAGAGUUUUCUGAUCAUUCUUUGGAGUUCAGUUUGGAGAAUCCAGAUAGGUGUUUCAUCAAAGAUGGUGUGAAUCAUGAGAAUUGUGGUAAUGGGAAAGUUUUCAAGUCCUUGCCUGGUUUGGCUAUUAGUCAAGAUGGGAGGCAUUGGGCUAGGAUUGAAGGAGAGCAUCACAGUGGAGCAUUGUUUGAUGUUGGUUCUGAGAAGGAGUGGGAUUCUUUGUUUAUUUCUUCUCCACAUGUUGUUUACCAUGAGAAUGGUGACCUCAGGAUGUAUUAUCAUUCAUUUGAUGUGGAAAAAGGGCACUUUGCUAUUGGGAUUGCUAGGUCGAGGGAUGGAAUCAAGUGGGUCAAGUUGGGAAAAAUAAUGGGGGGAGGAAAAGCUGGUUCUUUUGAUGAGUUUGGAGCAGUAAACCCAUGUGUGAGGAGGAACCGGAGUGAUGGGAACUAUAUGAUGGCAUAUGAAGGUGUUGCCGCAGAUGGGAGGAGGAGCAUUGGUAUGGCUAUUUCUCCUGAUGGACUGAAGGAAUGGGUGAGGCUUCAAGAUGAGGGGAUUUUGAAGCUAUCAGACAAAGGUUGCUGGGAUGAUAAGGAUGUUGGAUCCCCAUGUCUGGUUCAUAUGGAUACAGAAGAAAAUGAGUGGAGGUUGUAUUAUAGAGGUGUUGGAAAUGGAGGAAGAGUUGGAAUAGGUAUGGCAGUUUCUGAAGGGAGGGAUGUUGGAAGUUUUAGAAGAUGGAUAGGUUUUCAUGUAUGAGCUAGGUGUAUGCCAUGUUCUGUUAUCAAUUAUUUAAAAUUUUAAACAAAGACUAGAUACAAUGUCUACAUUCUUUAUGAAUUGAUUUUUUUUGCUGUUUGAGUUAAGUAGUUUUGUAUUUAUCCUAAUGGCCAAGUAAUACACUUUCUUGUACAGUGAGGUUUUGAACUUGUCCCGAUUUUUAUUUCCCA